UUCAGACAAUGAAGAAUCUAAGCGGAGAGAAGUGUAUUUUCAUUGCUAUAAUAAUAUCCGUAAUAUAUAUCUCAUUGAUCUCAGCGUUUCCACAAAAUGACAAAAGACUAAGAAGGAGUUUAAUUGAAAUCGAGAAUCCGGAAGAAGUGCUGAAUGUUUUAGAAUCUCUGUCACAAAGUAUUGCAAACAGUGAUUACGAGAACUACAAAACCCAAAAGCGUGGCAUUGAUUUAGGAUUGAGUCGUGGAUUCUCCGGGAGUCAAGCGGCCAAACACCUGAUGGGUAUGUCCGCCGCCAGCUUCGCCAACGGGCCCGGCAGGAGACGCAAGUAAACCAUCGGAUGAUCUGUUGUUUAGUAUGACAUCACCGCAAACAUCAUGAUUUUGAUCUCGAUUUCUUAAAUUAUCAAAAAUACUAAAUAAAAUAAAUAAAUAUUUUAAACCAUAUUGUCCUCAAAUUUUUAAUUUUCAAUGAAACGCCAAAUCUUGAGGAAUACACUUCAAAAAACAACUUGUUUAAUUUUAUUAA